UUUGAAUCGAGUCGCCGCGUUUUACUGACAACGAACAAGCGAACGAGAAACGACAGCUAAACACAUUCGGAGCAUAUGAGCCAUACGAAAGAACGAUUCAUGGAUAUCGAGUAAUUUAUAUGUGGCACUAAAACCGUCGGUUCGGGUGUGUGCAUCGCCACUCCAAGCAGAGUGUACUAUGGCCAGCAAUUAGAACUGCUGGAGGAUCAAGUGUAAUACAACAGAAGGAAACUGUUUUUAAAUUGAAUUGCAAAACUAGAAAAGUGUAUGGUCUGUUGUGUGAAAAUUGCGAUAGCCCAAUAUUAGCAUAAGACCAAUAUUAAAAUAAGCCAGUCGCUGGCUCCCCUUUUGAAAUGGAUAUGACCGGUGCGAAUUCCCUCAACAUGCGGCCAUUGUUUGCUGGCUAUCCUUUCCAAGGCCAGGGUCGCGUUAAUCAACUUGGAGGGGUUUUCAUCAAUGGUCGACCUCUUCCCAAUCACAUCCGCUUGAAAAUUGUCGAAAUGGCUGGCAGUGGAAUUCGACCGUGUGUCAUUUCGAGACAGUUGCGAGUCUCGCAUGGCUGUGUGUCGAAGAUUCUGAAUCGCUACCAAGAAACCGGCUCUAUUAGGCCUGGCGUAAUCGGUGGAUCCAAACCCAAAGUCACAUCUCCGGAGAUUGAGGCGCGCAUUAAAGAGAUGUGCAAAGCAAAUCCAGGACUCUUCAGCUGGGAGAUAAGGGAGAAACUAAUAAAGGAAGGCUUCACCGAUCCGCCCUCAACAUCAUCGAUAAGUCGAUUGUUAAGAGGCAAUGAUCGCAGCAGCGACGACGGUCGCAAAGACUACAGCAUCCAUGGCAUAUUGGGCGGAAGAGAUUCCGAUAUCAGUGAUACGGAAUCGGAACCAGGUAUACCUUUGAAACGCAAACAACGGAGAUCUCGCACCACCUUUUCCGCCGAUCAGCUGGAAGCAUUGGAGAGGGCGUUCGCCCGCACCCAAUAUCCGGAUGUGUACACCCGUGAGGAGUUGGCUCAGACCACGCAACUAACAGAGGCUCGCAUACAAGUGUGGUUCAGCAAUCGAAGGGCUAGGCUACGCAAACAUUCCGGCGGUUCUAGCAUCAAUACUGGGUCGAACAGUACAGGAGUGCAAACAACGGCUGGGCCAGGUGCCAGCGGAGCGGGUGCUUUGACAUUUGGUUCUUUGGCCAUGGGAUCCAUGGGCUAUAGCCCAGCUGCAGGUAGUACUGCCUCUAGUACGGGUAUGAAUGACCAACAUAGCGUACAUGGGGCGGCGGCAGCAGCAGCAUCCCAUCACCCCGCCCACCACCAUCACCACCAUCACCAUCAUACGCAGAUGGGCAGCUACGAUUUAAUGGCUGCCCAAUCGGCCCACCAAGGAUUCUCUGGGAGUUUUCACAACACACAUUUCCCCUCGCAAAACUACUAUCACCAAGACUACUCUAAGCUAUCGAUAGAUGACUUCUCAAAACUUACGGCCGAAAGUGUCUCAAAAAUGUCGCCUUCACUCCAUCUCAACGACAACUAUCCCAAAUUAGAAAAUCCUCCGAAUUGGACCCAAACAGCAGCAUACCAAACGGCAGCAGCCGCUGCAAAUUAUACGGCUGCCCACCAUGCCCAGCUGAAUGAAUAUGCGGCUGCUGCGGGCACAUCCUUGCCGCAUAACAACAUACCCUCAGUCACAGCCACUGCCGCUGCUGCGGCCGCACCCUCGACAUAUCAGCAUAUUCCGCAUACUCAAUUGGAUGCCAAGUAUUGGUCAUGAACUUCAAUCAAAGCGGAUCCACUGGGGCCAUUUGCUCAUUCAAAUAGACAAUUAAAUGAUUCCUACCUCUCCACCUUUGCCUAGACGAAUAUUACAUUUAAUUUCAUUUCAAUUUUUUGCAUCUGUUUCGAAAGAAAGUAUCGGCCAGAACGACCAUAGCUCGACGCUAUGCUAUGUGUAAACAUUGUACAGUGUGCCGACAACUUCAGAACGAAUAGACACAUCGAGGAGGGCCGAUCGGCAUCGUUACAAAUCAGCUGCUGGGAGAAUUUUCGGAGAAUUAUUUGGUGCAGAAUCCAGAUCCCUCUCGAUGUGUGCCUACAGCGGCGGGUGUGGCACAGUCGACGUCCCAACAAUUAGCAUUUAUUUAGUUCGUAUGUAUGUAUGCAUUUUUAUAUAAAAUAUUGGAAAAAUAGAGACACGUAAUAAUAAAUCAAAUCAAACUUAAA